UCGAAGGUAAUCGACGUGCGUGCGAACGAAUACAUCGAAUAUUACGAUAGACAUUACUAGCUUCUGCAUGCUGAUUAUUUCGAAAUAAACAAAAAUUUCAAAACAUAUUUUUUUUAUGUUACCUUUUUUUAAAAGAAAGUAAUGAAAGUGAUUUAAAUAUUCCUGUUCAGUAGGUGGGUGAUGAUAUUUUGACAAUAGUGACAUAGGAAGUGUGCCAUGGCAGUGGCAGUGGCCGGUGUCAACAUGGAUGUCAAACAGCUAUUGUGUGCGUGCCUAUUGUUGGCCUGUGUUUACUUCACGAUGGCACAAGAAGAUAGACGCGUGGUGAAGCCCCCGCCGACAAGGUUCACAUGUCGGGGUCGCGCGCCCGGGUACUACGCCGACAUGGACACUGGGUGUCAGGUGUACCACAUGUGUGACGGCAUGGGGAGGCAGUUCAGCUACUCGUGCCCCAACACGACACUAUUCCAGCAGCGGAUGCUGGUCUGCGACCACUGGUACAUGGUCAACUGCUCCAAUGCUGAGCGAGACUACGAUGCCAACUUGCUUAUUGGUCAACGGGACAAGCCGUUCGUAUCUGAUGAAGACAUGAGGUCGCGAACUCCGCGGCCUGACGUGCUCUCAGUACCCCCAAACAACAACUACUACGAUGGCCUGAGGGAGGCUGAGACGAAGUUCCCUAUACAUCCAGGUAACAGUAUCGGAGGCAUCGCCGACUCUAUCUCAGAUGAUAACAACGAGCUGGACAGCGACAAGCACAGGUUCCGCCCACAGACCUCCUGGUCUAUCGGUAAAGCUACGGAAAACAAUUUUGGCAGAAAACGCAACAGGAUAAACAAACAAGAUAGAGACAGUGUGACUGAGGCAUCUCAAAGGGUACAACCGACAUUUGCACCGACACCUAGUGAUAAUUUUCCAAAUAUCAAUCAGGUUAAUGUCCCACCUCCGUCGAGAGAGCUCAGCCCCCCAAUCCCACCGGCGACAACAGAAUCCGCAGACAAAUUAACAUCCAAUAAAGAUGGAACCGAAGAUCCUGUAUUUACUUUCAUUAAACGUUUCGAUCCAAACGUGCCGGACUCACACAAAACUUCAAUGACCAAAACCGAAAUUAUAGACAUUAACAAAGAAUUACCUCAGGGACAAGUCAGCUCCGAAGAGGACAGAACACCGCGCAGAAACAAGAACUUUGGCAACACUUUGAAUAAAGUGAGAAACGAUAAAAAGAAAGGUGCAGUAGAGAACACGAGGUUCGAUACUGUCAAUGUGAAGCCUGAUACUGUUGAAACGAAUAAUGAAAAUACAGACAACAGUCAAAUUCCAGUCCCCGAUAGACACUUAUUGCCUCCUAAGUCCGAAUAUUCUAAGAUACCAUCAACAACGAUGGGACCACCGAUAUACUACGAGUGGAAGUGGGCGGUGCCGGCGUUCGGCCUCGAACCGCCCAAAGAAAACAACGCUACCAAUAUAACAGCAGCGCCACAGAAAAGAACACCACCGGGCAGGAGACCGUACAGUGACGUCAUCAGGACGACCACAACGCCCGCACCACCGGACCCACUCAACACGGAAUACAAUAUCAGUUCAUACUUCGUGCCGGACUACGUGUUCCCUCUGGAUAAGCCACAUCCAGGUUACGAUGAUGACAACGCGGAGACAUCGUUCCACGUGAGGGUGGCGCGGCCCGGCCGCUCCAGCUACGGAGAGAACCCCGCCUGCCCGCAGUGCCACCCCGCUUAUCUCAACCCGGGCACCUGCGAGCCCUGCAUCGUUCGGUAACUAACUACUAUCGGGGAAUCUGGCGGUGUUACACACAGUAGCUACAAGUCUGUUUGAAGAGACGACGCGAAACAAUAACCAAUAGAAUGUUUUUUUUAAUGUUUGUAUGAUAUAUAAUUUGUUGUUUAUCAAUAUCCUUUCCAUUGUGCAACUCAAUGCUAAUUCGUUAUUUGUAAGAGGUGGAGUUUGUAUCGUUGAAAGGAACAAUACAAUUUCUCUGUAAGUGGGUCACCGCGAAUUGCCCUGACUGUACCUAUACUUAGUUAUCAGGCCAUUUGUAAAUAUGACAUUCAGUACAUAAUUAUGUUAUAUGAAUAUGACUCUCUUUUAUGAUUUUAUUUAAGACGAUUUUUGUAUUUUACCUUUAUUAAAAAAUAUUUUUGUUAUUGUAACUUAAUGUUUUUCAGUACAAAGAAUUGUUACGUUCGAAUUUGUUUCAUUGACAAAAACCAGUUAGAAUUAAAAUAACAUUAAAAAGAGAAUCUCUAUCCUCAAAGCCAAUGUUAACUUAAUUAAAUUACUUUAAAGGAUAUUUGAUAAGAUUUUAGUAUAAUUACAAUUAUAAGGGUUAUGUUAACUUAGGAGUACUUAAGAACUUAUAAAGUUAGAUAUUUAUGUUUUGUAUAGUUUUGUGUGUGCCUGUUACAUUAA